AUGACAGAUCGUCGGUCGGAUUCGUCUUAUGAAGCUACAAUCGAAGAGGCGCAAGUGGGCGUCAAAGGGGAUUCCCCAACUCUGAAUCAGCUUUCUUCAUCAGGUAGAAGUGCCCAACAGAGACGAAUCAGAAAUGCGCUGGCCUCUCUCGAGUCCGCAACAAGAGAUCUGCAAGCUCGUGAAAUUGAUCGAAGUGGCAGCGGAGGUGACGUAUGA